AUGGGGAGAAUAAUUACUCCCCACCCCCACCCCGCCCCCGAGCAGUGUGAAGAUCCAGAACUCAGUUGGGCAGCUCUGGUGGUUCACAAACAGGGCAUGGCUCAGAAGGCGGUGGGCACCAAUGACCCUGGGAUGGCCAGGGGCACAACGGCACCCUUGGGCUGGAGGGGCACUCCUUGGACAGGCUGGUGCCCGGCCCAGCCAUCCUCUCCCCACCCACCCCCUGGGAUGGGGAAACAGCAGGCAUUGGGUCCCAGCCAGCAGGGGCGGGUCUGGUUUCACUUUCUGCUGUGUCAUGGGGUGGGGGGUGGCAUCGGGGCCCGGCUGGCCAGCUGGGGCGGGCACCGAGAGGCUGGCGGACAGCUGGGGCCCAGCUGCCAGAGCACAACCUGUGCCCUCGUCCUGCUGCCUGCCGGGCUGGGGGCUGGGCCCCAGGGCUUCCCUUUGAAUGCCUCUUACCCCCGCCUUGCACAGUGGGAGAACCCCAAAUGA